AUAAAUAAUCCAGUAGACACAAAUUCUACAUGUCACUGUAAAGCCUUAUGUUAUACCACUUGGGUGUCAUAGAACAGAACUAGAAAGUUUAGUAAUCUAUUGGUGGAAUAAAAACCUGGAUAAGGACUUUUGCCGUGAUUGAGGAGUGCACAUCUACAAUGGUAUUAGAUAUCGCAGAUCAAAGCAACAGAUCGAGGCGGCAUUUUCAGUUUUCCAGUUUCGGGUGGAUUUAAAUUCAACGUUGUAUGUAUCGCAAACCGAAAUAAUGGUCAUGAUUACGUUCACGCAGUAUUAACAGAUGGAAUUGAAUUCCGCGUUUUUGAGUCGUCUGAGUGUAUCACUAAGUUUCUGAAAUGUCUAGUCGGUUAUUGACAGGCGGAGAAUGCCCCCAGGGUGUUUUGGAUGUUGUUGAAGGUGCUAUUGGUUAUCUUGCCUUAUCAGUUGGAUAUACAUCUAUUGAGUACGCAGCGUUGAGAGUACUUUCAAAUCUUUUCUUUUCUUUUACAGAAGACUUAGCUGUUUCCUCACUAAUGAAUGCUGAAAGCAGUGGGAGAACUUCAAUUCUUUUGAGCGAUAUUGUACUUGGGUUAAUAGAUUUGGGAUUUGAUGUCUCAGGUCUUAAUGAAAUCCCUCGUAAACGCAUGUACAGAGGAUGUAAAGAACCUACUAGCAUCGGAAGUUCUCCGAAGAAAGGUGUGGUAUGUGCUGCAGUUUUGGGCCCAGGAGGAACAACCGUUAUUCCUCGACCCUUGUCAUUGCGUCCUAAUUGGUCGGGAAAUCCACGUUUUGGUGGGGUGGGAUCCACAUCCUUGUUAAAUACGGGUGUAGCUCAAGGUAUUUCAGAUCAGCUGUCAUACUGUUUGCCACCUCCCGCUCCUGCACAUUUACAACUUCCUAUACUACCGGAACCUCACACUUUCCUAAAUACACGUGUUAAACGAGCACCGAUUGCUUCUGAUCCGUCUUCAUUACGCCGUCGUGUAGUUGAACAACGUCGUAAAGUUCAGGAGUCCUUAAUUCGGUUUUUGGGUCGUGUUCAGCCUGUUCAAUACCUAUUUCCGGGUGAUGCUGAAUCGUUCAUGUUUACGUUUCUUACGAUGACAAGUUUUUUGAAAGCAUUAACAAUUGUUACCAUUGGGAUGUAAAUAAACAGAAAACAAUAUUACUUUUCAGUCAUAAUUCACAUAAAAGCUGAAACGAAAUAAUAUUGCACUUUGGAGUAUUUCAGCAACAUUUUAAAUCAUAUUUGCUACCGGAUACUAGUUAGUUUAGCCUAUUUUUCUUUGAAGUACGUGCUGAUGAUAUUGUCUACGAGGACAAUAGAAGUUUUGCAACCAAGCCAUCCAACUCAGAGAACACAACAUCUCCAACAUUCUCACCCUGAGAUACAAAUAAACUCCAUCAUUUGGAAAAAGUCAUCAUUAGUCUAACCAUAGUAGUUUGUCAACCAAAAUAUUUACUUACAGAACAAUGAAAACCAAAUAAUUAGGCGAUAUGUCACAGAAUAUGAAAUUAUGAAAAGAGGAAAAUUUGAUAGUAAUUAAAAAAUUAGCAGAAUAACACACUCAAGAAGUUGCUUGUAUAAUAAAAAAGUAGCACAACAUAUGCUAAGUUUAUUUCUAAGAUAUAUCUGCUAGUAUAUGGAGUUACAUAGUCGUCCAACUUUUGAAAAUCUAUUUUAUUAAUUAGGAUUUCUAAAACUUCAUGCGCCUCCAAAAUUAUUGCAAAAGAACAUGCAGCAAACAGCCUGUCAGCAAUAAUUUGAUAAAUCCAAAGUGUGGAUUAAACAAAGAAGUAUUUCAUAAUUAAAGAUGGUGUGGGGUACAAGAAGUUGUUCAUUACCUAAUUGAUUACAAUUCUGAUUUGUAUGGUUUGUCACAUGAAACACAUAAUCUGGUUGUAACAUUAUAUGCAGUCAAAUGAUUCAUUAAAAUUAAUUCCAAACACCGAUUUCUUAUGCAAUAGUAGUAAUGAAAAAAUAAAUAUAAGUAAUGCAAUCCUUGAAGGUAAACAACAGUUGACCAACGAUGGGAUGGAUCAUAAAAUUCGGUUUAAGGAUUUGCAUUUGCUUGUCUAACUACAUUUACGUUUUUGGGUAAUCUACAAUAUUAAUAUAUAUAAUGUUCGUGUUUAUCUGUUUUUAUAAUGAUAUAACUUUAGAAUAAGUAAUAUAUUUUUUCGUUUCUAUUUUAUGGCAUAAAAUCUAAAUCAACCAUGUACAGUGAUCACUCCAAAAGAAUCACCUCGUCCAUAUCUAUCAGCUCUACUUGCUAGUGUAAACAACGACUGUGAUAUGAAAAUGUCAAUGACAGACAACAAAGAUGACCAAAAUCUUGUGAAGUCUAAGUCAAACGUUUUUGUAAAUAGUAAUUCUAAUCAAUCUCCUGAAACAAAAAAUCCAUUUUUAUUAAAACCGAAAUUUCCUGAAUACUGACUAAUACUGUGAUUAGAUAUACACUUUGUACAUAUUCCUUUAAUAUUUUUAGAUAAACCUCCAUAAUAAAUUCUUUAUAAUUUUC